AUGCCCAACGAGACCUCCUUCAGCAAGCCGUCGGCUUCGUCGGAGCAUCACGCCCAGGGGACCAAAACGGGCCCUUUUGGGAAGGCUGCUGGGCUGGCGGCCGCCGGAGGUGGCGGCAAUUCGGCGGGUUUAACCCAGGGCCCUGCUGGGGCCGCCACCGCCGCGGGGAAAAAGUCCCCGCGGCUCCCCAAGUGCGCCCGCUGCAGGAACCACGGCUACUCCUCGCCCCUGAAGGGCCACAAGCGGUUCUGCAUGUGGAGAGAUUGCCAGUGUAAAAAAUGCAGCUUGAUCGCCGAGAGGCAACGGGUGAUGGCCGCCCAGGUUGCGUUGAGAAGACAACAAGCCCAAGAGGAAGAGCUGGGGAUUAGCCACCCCAUCCCAUUGCCUAGCGCCACAGAAAUGUAUGUGAAGAAAGAAAACAAUGCUAACAGUUCCUGCCUGUUGGAAAGCACCAGCCCACCCCAGUCGACAACCACAGCAACUGUAGUGUCUACCUCAUCCACAGAAGGACGGAUGCUGAUUCAAGACAUUCCUUCCCUGGCCAGCAGAGGGCAUCUGGAGAGCACAUCUGACUUAGUUAUGGACCCCACCUACUACAGCAGUUUAUACCAGCCAUCCCUGUAUCCUUAUUACAACAACCUGUACAACUAUUCUCAGUAUCAAAUGGCUGUGGCCACCGAAACUACCUCUGGUGAUAUGGGAAGCCCAUUGACGGGGUCACCUGUUAAGAGCAGCCUCCGAAGCCUCCCAACAACUUAUAUGACAAGCCAGUCAGGAAACCAAUGGCAGGUGAAAAGCCCAGAAGGUCGGCACAGCUUGAGUUCCCAGUACAGGAUGCAUUCUUACUAUCCUUCCAGCUCUUACUUGGGUCAGAGUGUUGGGGCCACUGCCUGUGUUCCCCAAAUUUUUACUUUCGAGGAGAAUCCUUCUUACUCUGAAACAAAAGCAAAUGUUUUUUCACCACCCAGUAGUCAAGAUUCUGGCUUGGUUUCCCUUUCCAGCAGUUCCCCCAUCAGCAAUGAAAGUACCAAGGCUGUGCUGGAGUGCGAGUCAGCCUCUGACUCCAGCACCUUUCCAGUUCAUUCUGUUAUGGAAGAUGGCGAAUAAGCAGGGAUGAAAAAAAUAAGUCUUGGUGUGGAUUCCCUUGAAGAAGUGCCUUCGUGUUAAUUUGGGUUUGCCUGUUUUGUGAUGACAGAUGCUGAAAUAACUGUUGAUAAAAUGUUCACUUAUUCCCUUUAUAUUUGUUCUGCACAUCGUGAUUUUCAGGCUUAGAUAAGAAUGAGAAUAGUAUAGUAUAGUGUAAAGGGCUGCAAGAGCAUUAUUCUUAAGUAUAUUGAAAGAAAUGUAUUGGUAUUCUCUAAUUUUUUUAAAAAAAGACCCUUUUUGACUAAUAAACAGUAUAUAAAUAAAAUUAAACAUUAUUUUGUAGAUAAAAUGUAAUCAAAGUUAAGUGUACACAAAAGAUACUUAGAUUUGCUUAUAAUCGAUGUAUCUAGCACAUAAGAGUUUGAUUAAUUCUUUAAUGGUGUUCAAAAGCAAGAUAUUUCAAAUAUGAAAAUUUGAGAAAUAGUUUUCUAUUGUGAAACAGAAUUGUUCUUUCUUUUUUAAGCUGCACUGCAUGAGUUAAGAUUGAGAUGGAAGAUUCUAUGCUUUACAGACCCAAGGAUCUUUUUCCUCUUUUCAUGAUAUAUAAAAGUAGAUAAAAGUUUAAGCAAGAAUGAUAUUUUUAAUUAAUAAAAGGAUUUUUCUUAGUUCUGUUUUAAUGGAAAACACUGUAUUU